ACCCAAAGAUGAAGUUGGACGUAUUCUUACAGCCAUUGAUACACGAGUUAAAAUCUCUGUGGGAGGUUGGUGUGAACACUUACGACAUAUCGUUGAAGCAAAAUUUCCAGAUGCGAGCAGCUCUGAUAUGGACUAUCAGUGAUUUUCCAGCGUACGCUAUGUUGUCUGGGUGGGGUACAGCUGGGAAAUUGGCAUGUCCACAUUGCAUGGAGAAUACAGAAGCAUUCACUUUGCCGAUGAGUGGAAAACAAUCGUGGUUUGAUAAUCAUCGGAAGUUCUUACCUCCUAACCAUGUGUUUAGGAGAAACAAAACUUCAUUCUUGAGGAAUAAGACAUGCAAUGUUGGUCCACCAGAACAAAGAUCAGGAAUACAAAUCUUGAAUCAAAUCGAGGGGUUAGGCUUCGUGAAGGUUACCGAAGACUUCGAUGGCAGGAACGCUCAACUCGCCAAAUAUCAAGAUGUAGGGUGGAAAAAGAAAAGCAUAUUUUGGGAUCUACCCUAUUGGAGAUAUCUUUUGAUUCGACAUAAUCUGGAUGUUAUGCACAUUGAGAAAAAUGUGUUUGAUAACGUGUUUAAUACUGUCCUGAAUGUGAAGGGGAAGACAAAAGAUACAGAAAAAUCUAGAGAAGAAUUGAACACCUUCUGCAAGCGGAAAGAGUUGAAGAAAGUGGAUGGAACUCGAGGGUAUCCGAAAGCAUGUUAUACGCUUGACAGGGAAGAGAAGAAGAUCUUACUCCAAUGGAUCAAGAGUCUUAAGUUUCCCGAUGGGUACGUGUCAAAUAUUAGUAGAUGCGUUGACAUGAACGCCCUGAAGAUGCACAACAUGAAAAGUCACGACUGUCACGUGUUCAUGCAAAUCCUUCUGCCUGUUGCAUUUAAAGAACUUCUUCCUAAGAAUGUUUGGGAGGCAAUUACAGAGUUAAGUUUCUUCUUCAGAGAAUUAACAUCCCGCAACGUGGCCAUAUAUGACAUGAGAAUACUGAGUGAGAAGAUAGUUGUUACUCUUUGCAAACUUGAGCGUAUCUUCCCGCCUAGUUUAUUUGAUUCAAUGGAGCACCUACCAGUUCAUUUGGCAGAUGAGGCACGAUUGGCUGGUCCAGUGCAAUAUCGGUGGAUGUAUCCUUUUGAAAGAUAUUUGAGGACAUUAAAAAAUCAUAUAAAGAACAAAGCCAAGGUUGAGGCGUCCAUCGCCAAUGCAUACUUACAUGCAGAAAUGUCAACCUUCUCUUCGUUUUACUUUGAAGAUCAAAUAUCUACAAAGUGGACAACUUUGCCUCGCAAUAUUGAGAUGCCCGUUGCUGAAAAUGAUGAUCCUCUUUGUCUCGUCAUAUUCAAACCUAUUGGGCGUUCACUUGGCCGAGGGACGAAGAGAUACAUGGAUGAGCGCGAAUGGCAUGCUGCACACAUGUAUAUUUUGAGCAAUUGUGCAGAGGUUGCAGAGACAUAUAGCAAGAUCUUCAAGGAGGAAAAACGAUAUGCAAAUCCUUACAUGACUGAUGCAGAGUUUGAAGUCGCGUUUCACAACGAGUUUAUUCUGUGGUUUAACCAUUACGUUUGUCGUCCUUGUAACGACGAGUUGAACCCUUAUAUUAGGUCGCUUGCAGCUGGACCAUUAAGGGAGAUUGAAACAUACUCCGGCUAUUUCGUGAAUGGCUACAGGUUUCACACAACUGAUCAUGAUAGAGAGAGUGCGACUGUGAACAGUGGCGUUUGCAUAAAAGGUUCGGUCUAUGGUAGUGAUAGAGAUGUGCUAGACUUUUAUGGGCGUCUGCAAGAGGUUUGCGUGCUGGAGUAUCCGGGGUAUCCAAUUAAGCAGACAGUCUUGUUCAACUGUGAAUGGUUUGAUUUGUCGGCUCAGGGAACUUCUAUUGAUACAGACUUCAAGUUAGUUUCACUGAACCACACACGAAGAUAUAGGAAGUAUGAUCCCUUUGUUUUGGCGAGUCAAGUAGUUCAAGUGUUUUACUGUCCCUAUCCCAGUACGAACCAAUCAAAGAAAAAUUGGUGGUCAGCAUGCAAAGUCAACGCAAGAUCUAAGGUUGAAGUGUCUACUGCAGCAUCUACAUCAACAUUAGAUCAACCAUUUCAAGAAGAAGUGGUUACUAUUAUGCCUACUCACACAAGUGUAGGCAUUGAACAACCACUUCUCCUUCAUCCCCUCGGUGGAGUCGUUGAGAUUGAAGAUGACGAUGAAGCAGAAGACGAUGAUUCCCCGUUGACAUCUAACGAUAGUGAUGAUGAUAGUAGUGAUGCUUAUGAAUAAAUGCAUCAUGUCUACCUCUCGAGGUUUGUUGGGAUUUGGGAGGCAAUCUGGCGUUAAUGCGCCAGAAGCUACAGCAGAUACAUCUGAUGGGUCUGGGACGCAUAUUUCUGGGACUCCCGAGACUCCCAAUGCUUCUAGUAG